CUAUUGAAUUGUUGUUGAUGGAACUAGAGAGAGAAAAUAGAGAGAGAGAGAGAGAGAGAGAGCAAUUUGAACAGGUGAGAAAUCCAGGACAGGUUUUGGACUCUGGCGAACGUUUUUCAUUUUCUGCGUAGACUUGUUCUAAAAUGGCUCUCAGACCAGGUCACUCUCUCUCUCUGUGUUUUACAGAAAGACUGCAAAAUGUGAUUACUAUGGAACGUUGAACUUGGUAUCCAAAAGGGUCAUGUAGUAGUACAGCAAUAUUGUUCACGAUGAAAGUAUACUAUUUGACUUUAGAGAUGUAUGGGGCUUAUUUUUUAUGAUCACUAUUUAUAGGCUGAAUGUGAGUGAUGGUGAUCCAAGAGCAUAAGGUGUUUGGCAUGUAAGUUGAUAUUUCUAGUAGCUCUUGGAUAAAUAAAAUCUGUGUUAGAUAGGUAUGGACACAGAAAACAGUGAAAUUAUUAGCCAGCUUUCAACCCAGUCCUGUAAUUGUUACAAAGUGGCAAACCUUGAUGAAACAAUUUUGGAUGCAACCCAAAUCUCAAAUUUGAAAGAUCAGUACAUUCUUGGUGAGCAAUUGGGAUGGGGGCAGUUUGGUAUCAUUAGGGCGUGCUCAGAUAAGUUUACGGGCGAGGUUUUGGCUUGCAAAUCAAUUGCCAAAGAUAGAUUGGUCACUCUCGAUGAUGUGCGUAGUGUCAAGCUUGAGAUUGAAAUAAUGACUAGGUUAUCUGGACAUCCCAAUGUUGUGAAUCUGAAGGCAGUUUACGAGGAGGAGAAUUAUGUACAUUUAUUGAUGGAAUUAUGUGCUGGAGGGGAGCUUUUUCACCGGCUUCAGAAGCAGGGGAGGUUCUCUGAGUAUGAUGCUCGGAUUAUUUUUAGGCAUUUGAUGCAAGUGGUUAAGUUUUGUCAUGAGAAUGGAGUUGUUCAUAGAGAUUUGAAGCCAGAAAACAUUCUAUUGGCCACAACAUCCUCUUCCUCACCAAUAAAGUUGGCAGACUUUGGUCUUGCUACCUACUGUAGACCUGGGCAGAAAUUGCAUGGCACUGUGGGAAGUCCUUUUUAUAUAGCACCAGAGGUACUUAUGGGCGGUUAUAACCAGGUUGCUGAUGUGUGGAGUGCUGGAGUUAUUCUUUACAUACUUCUUAGUGGCAUGCCCCCAUUUUGGGGGAAGACUAAGUCGAGAAUUUUUGAUGCAGUUAGAGCUGCAGACCUACGGUUUCCUUCUGAUCCUUGGGAUCACAUAUCUGCAUCUGCCAAGAACUUGAUUGCUGGAAUGCUUUGUGUUGAUCCCUCCAAGCGGCUAACUGCUGCGCAGGUUUUAGCUCAUUCAUGGAUGGAGGACUGCGCUCAAGUAACUCAAGAAACAUACAAGCAGGAUAGCCAAGUUUGCAGUGAACUAGAAGCAGGUGGAGUUUCUUUUUCUACUCCAUUCAUUUCCAGGACUCAGGACUAUAGCUUCAGCAGUCGACCAUCCACGAUGGAUGAUGGGCAACUGUGGCAAUUGCCUGUAUUAACAUGCAAAUCAUCUUUAUUGUCUUUCCAAGUUGAUGAUGACACUCCUUGCUCUGCAUUUGGAGGGUUUUCUUUUAGCAGCUGCCGUGAAUCAAGUGCACUGGAGUUUUCUUCCUUAGUUCCAUCAAUGCCAAGCUUUACCUUUUCCAAUCCGGCAUCUGCAACGGGGCCAGGAAGUAUUUUGGGAUCUAAGGCUGAAAUACCAUCGUUGGAUGUAACUUAUGCAGAUGCCAUUAUGGGAAAGUUACUUGUGUUGCCUGAUUCAUUCUCUGUUAAGCAUGGUGCUGGAGGCAUGGAGCGGAAAGAAAUACGUAAAGGAGGGACCAGUGGGCUUAAGGUUGUUGGCAUCCACAGCAAAAGGAAUCACACAAUUGGACUUGGUGAGCUUAAUCAGCUUGAUAUAAUUGUGACUGAAUCAGUUAUCCGCUGGGCAUCAUGUACAGAUAUUCCUACAGCUCCAUCACUUAGAUUAUCACUUGUUUGCUAGAAGUUUGGAUGUAAAGCAUCUGUACCAGCCUCGAGGGAAAGAUUAUUGACACUGUUUCUGACAUGACCAAUAGCUAGUAACAUAACUCUGAAAUUGAUGAAGAGGUUGGUCAAUCUGAGAUUCUGAGGAGCUGAGCUCGGGUGUUUAGGUGUUUUCUGCCUUGGUUUAUAUGGGGUGAUAUAGAGUGAUGAUGCUUUUCUGAUAUUCUAGGCUUUCAAUGAGUUGGCGUCAGAAAUUUGCUAGGAUUCUGGCAUCCAUAAUAUGAGUUGGACAGAACAUUCAGUGUCUGAUUGUUUAAAAUUUUGAAUUAAUGUUUUUGAGAUUUAACAUAUAUAGCUACACAUGAAUGCACACACAUAAACAUGUACAUACUGAUAUGCUUACUUUGUAUCACAAAAUAAAUAUAGAAGAAAUUUAAAUUAA